CGUUCUCGCCCCCUUUAUCCGGUUCAGUCUCGCACCUUUUGCAUUGUCCGCGGCCGGCCGAGAUCCGGAACAGCGUUUUGGCCGCGCGUCCGGGAUGCGCGGCCCGGCGACGUUUCGGCAGCGGAGCCAUCAUCCGACACGCGACGCCGACAGUUAACCGGCGUGCGGCGCGUGUUCUUUUCGUCUUGUUUUUUUUUUGUUUUGGUUUCCGGUGCGGAGCAUGUGGUCGGAGGAGGGCAGCGAGAUUUGCUCCAUCGGCAUGACGAUGCAGCCGUCCCUCAGUGCCUCAAGCGGGAUAUCGCAGUUGAGCCAGUGCGCGCAGUUGGGGGAGCUGCCGGAGCUGCCGGCCACCGACGAGCAGCGACUGCAGGAGGCCGCGCUGGUGCUGCAGCAACGACUCGUGCUGCGCCAAUGGCUCGCUAAGUUCGCCCUCCAGCACUACUACCCCAGACUGCUGGCCCUCGAGGUCGCACGACUCGAUGACGUUUAUUGGCUAGAAGACAAUAAGGCGAAGCCCCUUUUCAACAAGGACUUCGCUCGGUGGAGUAGCGCGAGACAAUCGUUGCCGACGAACAAACAGAUCCUCGACACCCUCAAGAACGAUCUCUGGUCCGAAGUAGUCAAGAGCAGCAACCACCAAGACGCAUGGACAUGGGGGGGUAUGCUGGUGGUUUCGGUCUCCGUCGCUGGUCUGGUCACCCUGGCAGCCAUGACUCAGCCCUCGCUCGCUCCGGAAGCGAAACACUCCCUUUUGCAAUACGUCACCGGAAAAUAUCUACUGCCCUCCAAUUGCAAGGUUAAUUUUCAGUGGUCCGACCCGCACCCGGUGGGCCACACGGUGUGCUUCACCGUACAGUUCUACCAGCGUAACGGACAGCCUUAUCCAAUCUGUGAUACCGACAAUUUUAUCGUGGACGUGUCCGAGGGCCCUAGAAAGGUAAAGAUAGCGGUGAUUAGUGAAUUGGGCUCGCCGACCGAUCCGAAUAGCGCCAACUUGGCGAAGGUUAAAUUUAUGGUACGCCAUGCGGGGCAGUACAAGAUCAGCGUUAUGGUAGGGAACCAACAUGUAGCUGGAAGUCCAUUCAUGAGAGGUUUUGUCGCUGGACCGCCUUUUGCCCAGAGGACGAUCGUGGUACGACAUUGCAGUACCGUGGUGUGCACCGCCAACAUUCCCCACUUGUUGUACAUCGAACCGCGUGAUGAAUAUAGCAAUAUUUGUAUUUUUAAUUUGAACGAUGAUCCUACUAAAAAUUACACCGUCGACAUAUCUCAGUUGGGAACAUCGUCGCAGGAUUCGAACCUGGACAUAAUCGAGGACAAUUUUACCACAACCCUCGAUUAUGAUUGGCAAUCGCAGCGCGUCAGCAUCCAGCUCAAGUUUCUGAACGAGGGCUGCUACCACGCCACCAUCAAAUAUAACAACACGGAGCUUCACAACGGAGAUUUCGACAUCAUCGUAUUAAAUAGUAUAGAUUCUACUCUAGUCCAUAGAAAUGUGGCAUCUAAGAACCACAACGUUUGCUACGAAGCUAAACUAGUAGGAAUAAACGGGGACCGUUUAACCAAGGCGAAAAAAGUGCUUUGUUACGUGUCCCCGAAGCAGCUAAUAAUCAAAGAACUUAUCCUAAAGUUCAUACCGAAGAGGCUUUACACUUUUAGAUUAUGUCCGUCAACAAAGUUCAAUUUUCAAGCAGAGACAAUACCAAAAAUAGGUGAUAACACCAGCAGCUGUUUCACAGUAGACGACGGCUGUCAACCCAAAAUAGAACUAGUAUCCAAAGAGCGGAACGUGAUCGCCGCCACUUUCGCCCAGUUCCUUCUCAAAAACAUGGGUGGAUCGGAAACGUUCAAGGACAAGCAAGACUUCUUCCACCACGAAGUCAGAAAGUACCACCAGAAGCACUAUCACGAGAAACUGUCGAUGAAAGUCAACAGGGAGAAACUGCUGGAGAGCAGCAUGAAGGCGACCAAAAAUUUCUCGGUCUCGGACUGGUGCCGGAACUUCGAGAUCACAUUCCAAGGCGAGCAAGGCAUCGACUGGGGCGGUCUGAGGCGCGAAUGGUUCGAGUUGAUAUGCGCCCAAUUGUUCGACGCCAAGAACCAGCUGUUCGCCAGCUUCCACGACGGCGGUCAGCAGUCGUUGGUGCACCCUAACCCUCGUCGGCCUGCCCAUUUGAAGCUGAAACACUACGAGUUUGCCGGCAAAGUCGUGGGAAAGUGUUUGUAUGAAAGUGCCUUAAGCAGUUCGUACAGGCAGCUUGUUCGUGCCAGAUUCACCAGGUCCUUUUUAGCACAGGUUAUCGGACUUAGAGUACACUACAAGUACUUCGAACAGGACGAUCCCGAUUUGUACUUAUCGAAGAUUAAGUACCUGUUAGAGAACGACAUAGAUCACAUCGAUACUGAGCUUUAUUUCGUUGAAGAAGAGUACGAUUCUUCCGGACAACUGGUCAAAAAUGUUGAAUUAAUACCCAACGGUUCGAAGAUAAGAGUAAGAGAUGCAACGAAACUCCAAUAUUUAGACGCGUUGGCUCAAUACAAACUGGCGACAAGCAUCAAGGACGAAAUGGAAGCCUUCCUUAAAGGACUUAACGAACUAAUACCCGACAAUUUGCUGAGCAUCUUCGACGAAAACGAACUCGAAGCGUUCCAGUUGCUUCUGUGCGGUACCGGCCAGUACAGCAUCGCUGACUUCAAGGCACAUCACGUCGUCAACGGCAAUUCGACGGAAUUUAGACGCAUCGUCGGUUGGUUUUGGGCCGCUGUCGGUAACUUCACCCAAGAAGAAAUGGCUCGUCUCCUCCAAUUCACCACCGGUUGCUCUCAACUUCCUCCUGGUGGUUUCAAAGAGCUGACGCCCAGAUUCCAGAUUACAGCUGCUCCCACUUUUGGAAAUUUGCCUACUGCACACACUUGUUUCAACCAAUUAUGUUUGCCUGACUACGAUUGUUAUGAGCACUUUGAAAAAUCUCUACUCCUUGCUAUCAGUGAAGGAACCGAAGGCUUCGGAAUGGUCUAAGCAAUAAUUAUAUUCACUACUUAAUUUUUGCCCUGUGCACAAGUUACAGUAAUUUUGUUGUAAUAACGAAUAACGAGUGAUACAUUUAAAAACCACGUGCAGAUUAACAGUGAGAUUUUUUAGGAAUUGAUGAGUAAUAAUAAUGAUAAUAAUAGCAAUCUCUGCAAAAGUGGUAGAAAUUUAAGCUGCUUAGCUAAAACAAAACUAUUUGAUCAAAAUGCUGGAUUGUAAUAAUAAUGUGCCUAUUGUUUAUUAUUAUGGUCCGGUGUGUUUUAUAAGUAUUGUACCUGUACGGACAAGUUUUGUAUUAUUAAUUACUGCAUUUAUGGUUAUAAGCACUUAAUGCAUUUGAUUUACUUAAGUGAUAUUUGAUAUUAUUAGUAUUUAUUUAGUAUUAUUUUAUAUUAGAUUAGAAGCGUUCAGAAGUCUGAUAUUUUUGUUAUAUUUAUUUCUAGAAUUCGAAUAAACGAUUUACAAGUU